UACAACAGUUUAAUUGAUCGUAACUCGAGUAUAUCGCAUUUUUAACUGUGCGUAGUUCUUGUAAUCUCUCAUUUUACAGAAGCACGUAACUCCUUUAAGUUCGAUUUCUAUAAUCUACAAUACGUAUAACUCAAAUUUCUAAUUACAUUUCUUUAAAAAUUACUCAAGUGUUACGAAAUAAUGGAAAACUUUUUGGCAAGGAUUGAAGCCGACGACGAGUAUAGCAGAAACAGAAAAAACAUGAACACAGAAGCAGAGAUAUGUUUGAACUGCGUUUUGUCUUCGUAUACGGCUGUAGCCAGAGUUUACGGAUUGACUUUUUUCCUUCCUUGUUCCUGCCGCAACCGAAAUGAUGUUAAUGUUCACCCAAUUAUAACAAAACUUUAUUCAUUCUUCAUCGAAUAUUUUUACUGGAUAUUUUUCUGUUUGGUGUUUUGCAUGAUGAUACCGGGUUUAUCGGAGAUGAUCCCUUGUAAAUCGGGGUACUUGCUAGUCAAAAAUGAUGCCAUUUUUGUGAAAGUGGCUGCUACUAAUUUACUUUUAACUGUAGCACUCCUUUUCAGUAUUGUAAUAAGAGCGAAAUUCACCCCGAAUAUUAAAUUGACGAAGCCAGAAUAUUUCUGUCAAAAAGAAUUCUACGACGUCAUAAAUUACACUAGAAUUGUCGCUUCUGUUUUUGUUUUAAGUUUCUCUAUUUGUGGCCAAGCUGUAAUCGUUUUUUAUCUUUAUCCUGUUGUAGACCAAGCAAAAACUUUCGAGCACGAAGCACUUUUCUGCAGCGUACAAAUUGGCAUUUACUAUAAUUUAGCUAUGGGUGGAAUAUUCUAUAUAAGUUUUUUUGGUGUUUCGUUUUUAAUUAUACUAAUGAACAUUUUCCAGAAGCUAUCGGAAGAUCUGCAACUACUAAAGAUGAAUCAUCCGAAUCUGGAAACGGAAUUAGAAAUAAUUAUGACACAACACAAUGAACUUUGGGAUUGUUUUAAUCAAUGGAAUGGCCCAUUCAAUUACGCAUUCACAGUUAUGUAUAGUUAUCUAAUAACCCAAACCAGUCUGCUUUAUUACGUUUUGAUUUAUUCGAAAAUGGAAUUUGCAGUGACAGUUUUGUUUUCCACAGUUUGUGCUGCACUAUCAUGCGGUUGUAUUCUAGUUGGAUUUUUACUAUCCACUUUCACAUCUAUUAUGCAAACAUCGUUUCAAGACAUUCGAAGAUUCGCUCAAUGCGAUUUGAAAUUAGAACAGAAAUUAAAAAUUGUGAAUUUUAUGAAAAGAUUUGGGAAGGCACCUUUAUGUUUAUCUAUGAGCGGUUUCUUCGAUAUUACCAAGAAGUUUCCUGUCAAGAUGUCUAGCGCUCUGAAUUCUGUGUAUGAGGGUCUCUUAGAUUUGAGGACGGUUUCCGAGAAGAAAAACUGCUCUAACUGAGAUUUGAACGUAAUUUCUUCUAAUAAUUAAGAUUUAUUAAUUAAUUAUAUGUUUAUAUGUGAUAAACUAUUAUC